AUGGAGAAGGUUUCGACUGAAAACAAGCGCCUCGAUCUUCAGGGAGUACGGGGAUUAGCUAUUCUGUCUGUUCUUGGAUUCCAUUUUUUGCCAAGGAUCUUCCCAAAUGGAUACCUGGGAGUUGAUCAAUUCUUCGUUCUCUCUGGGUUUUUCAUGUGCAAGCUUCUGAGAAAAUCUUCAGCAUCACUCAAUAGCCAAACAAUAUUUGGUUUUGUUUUCAACUUUUAUUCAAAAAGAUUGAAACGAAUCCUGCCUUUAUACUUGUUAAUAAUAUUCGUUUCAUUAAUUUUUCUAAUUUAUCUUUUCCCAAAACCUGCAUAUGAAACAAAUCUGGAAUCUUCGAAACGAGCACUUAUUUUCCUCUCCAACCGCCCAGCUACACAAGCUGAGGAUUACUUUUCAAUGGUUCCAGAUCUUCAUUUUUACCAAAAGUUAAAUCAAUUUUUCCAGCUUUCUCUUGCCAUUGAUGUUUUCACUCAUACAUGGUCUCUGUCUGUCGAAGUUCAGUUUUAUUUUAUUAUUCCUAUUAUCUUUCUUUUUGGAAUCAAAACUAUUCCUGCUAGAUUUCAAAUGCACUUCUUUGGAAUUUUAGGGAUUAUUUCCUACGGAUAUUCAUAUUUGUUUUGCUCUAGAACGAAAGCAUUCAAUAGUGUUCUUGCAAGAAUUUGGCAGUUUAUGAUUGGAAUGAUUGUAUUUAUUGCCAGUGAACCAGAUACGAAUACUCUCUCAAAAGUAUCUUUAUUGGAGAAUUGUGAUCUCGAAAAUCAAAAUGAGGAUGAUGCUUUGUUGAAAAAUGCUUCUUCAGUUCAAGAAGAAUUUGAAAACUUUGAAGAAUCAAAUUCACCGACGAUUAUCAAAUUACUGACAUUGGGCAGCAUGGUUGGAUUAGUAUUGUGCCCUUCGAAAAUCUCUUCACUAUUCUUAAGACCAUUCUUCACAAUUGCCACCGGACUUGUAAUGUUGUUUUCUGAAAAAGACUCGUUCCUUUCAUUUCAUUUUCUAACUUAUAUUGGAGAUAUUUCUUACUCUUUGUAUUUGAUUCAUUGGCCGAUUUAUGCUUUUUGGAAACUGCAAUUAAGUUAUGGGAGUAUUUGGAAUCUUUCUCUAUUACUUGCUUUUGGUCUUUCUGUCAUUCUAGCUGUUCUCAGUUAUGAGUUUUUCGAAAAAUGGUAUUUAAAACUAUCUCGAAGGACCAUUGCCAUUAUCUGCAUUGUUUUUUUGAUGCUCAAUUUUACGACUGUUUACCAUGAUCAAAUAGAAAAAUGGAUCCAAUCAAAACCACAUAAAAAUGUUCCGAGAUUGGAUGGAAUUGUGAUAGGGAACGUCAGUUAUGAUGACGCCAAUAGAUUGAACAAUGAGUGGUCAGUGAACGAUUACUUGAAUACUUUUGUUCCAACAUGUAAGUACGACGAUGGAAGUGGUCCAUUUGGCAGAUGCAACCAUACGGGCCUAGAGGUAUACAAAGGAAAAUUCAAAAUAUUGAUUAUUGGGAACAGUUUUGCUGCAAACCAUGGUCGUUUAAUUCAUCAGGAAUGUGGAUCAAAAGCGAGAGAGUUGGUUCAAAUAUCUAUAAGUGCAUGCGAGCCGUUAUAUCCCGCUGUGAAAUAUGGGCAACGAUGCGUUGAUACUGUAGAAAUGUUCAAAAAAGUUGUAGCAGAUGAGAAACCGGAUUAUGCAUUUCUCACUUCCAGAUUUCUUGAUAUUGGUGACCCAUUUGCAGCAGGAGUAACUCGGGUGGAAGAUGAUCCGAUUUAUAAAUCAAUGAAAAAAUCAUUUGAUGUUUUAGUGACCAGUGUCAAAUUCAAGGUUUUCGUGUUCAUGCAAAUUCCGGAAAUUGUGCCGUCCAACAUUGAGAAAAUAGUAGAAGUAAUUAAAAACAAAGAGGACUUGGCAGAAUUUGAUAAGUCGUUUGUUCAAAGGAACCACACAAUCGCUCGUGUUCGGUAUGAGAAGAUGGUUCAAGGAUGUGAAAAGUGUGUUCCAUUCGAUUACGAUUCUCUUUUCUGGAACAGGACGACCUCCACAUGGCGAUUCUAUGAUGAGGCGAACAAUGGAUUGAGUUACAUGACAACUAUUAAUCAUUUAUCAUUUCAUGGAUUGGAACUUGUUAGACAUAUUUUUUCGAAUCUUUGCAGUUCGUUUUAA